AUGCGGAUGCCCGCAAGUACCAGCUACCGCUCGCCGGCCAACCCUUGGGCCGUGGCCACUCAGCGUCCAGCUGAUUCCCAAACAGCCCCAAGCGCCGCCGCCACCGGCCCAGUUCGGGUCAAGGCCUGGAGCAAAAACCCCGCAGUCCUGCCCUGCGUUACGGGGGAUCCCCAGCGGUCCAGCGGCACUAGCACCAGCCCGUUCCCCCCCCCAGCGGCAAUGCAGCGGUGCUCUCCAGCGGUGCUCCAGCGGACAGACCGUCGGUUGCCGUGGCCAGCAGCCGCAUUGCGCAUUGCAUUUCGCUGCCAGCGGAAAGGGGCCAAGCCGCAACAGGCGCAAACGGGGCCCUUUGCCGUCAUCGCCGCCAUCGCUCUCCGGGCCUCAUCCCAGCCGAGCCGCUGCUUGCUCGCAUGCCUCGUUGCUGCGCGCCCUCAACUCAGCUUUGCGAUCCUCGGGCCCGAUCCUCACAGCGCGCCGUGUCGCCUCCCGCCUGCUCCUGCUCCUGCUGCUGCUGCUGCUGCUGCUGCUCUGCGCAUCAUCCAACCCCCAAUCCAAUGGUGGGCGCGGCCAAGCGUAUGGGUAACGGGUAGCUACUUCGAAAUCUCUUCGCGCUCUCUCCCUCUCUCUCUCUCUCUCUCCAUCUCGCAGUUCUCCCUUGGGAAACGAACCUAUACCCCCCCCCCCCCCCCCUUCUUCUCUCUCCUCCCACUCCCAUAUCCUUCCUUCGCCCGCACUCUGCGCAGACGCGGCGUUACAUCUUGUCUCUCGAACCUGGGCCGAUCGAUCACACACCCCCGUUAUCCGAGAAGGGAACAGAUCCUGCCCGGCUGCGCUUCCGCGCUGGAAUUCACUGGCCUCCAUGCCACCGGCGCCGCCGCUCUAUUGAUUCUACCGCCUUUGUCACACGACCAGACGCCCUCCUGCGUGCUUCACGAAUCACAGACGCCCAUUGGCCUUCGACCGCUGUGA